AUGAAAUCUAAACUGAUUUUGGAUCCAAAAAAAAUGGCAUUGAAAAUGUGGGAACUGCUUAUUCCAAAAAUUUCACUCAACAUCCUUUCUAUCAUCUAUGAACAAUUUGAUUAUGAGAAAAUGUUGGAAAAUAAAUCUACAGAAAUUAUUUUUAAAGAUCUCGUGAAAGAGCUGCUUGGAAUUUGUUUUGCACAAUGUGGAAGCAAAAUGACUAGGUUUUUGCAAGUAAAAUCACAAGGAGAAGAAGAGAUUAAUUUUGGGAAGAUUGUGGAAUAUUGUAAGAGCAAAAAGCUGCAACUAAUCAAUUCCACUGCAAAUGAACAUCCGGAAUAUUUAUCCUUACCAUUUGAGCCAUAUUGUUUCUACCACCGAUUCGAAUAUCCUGCUCAAAUUCUUUUGCAUCAGCCCAUUAUUUUGGCCAAAAAGUAUGGUGUUUCUUGCUCAAAUUUAAAUUUCCUAUAUGGAUUUUAUACGAGGCUACUGACUUUGAGUGGACUAUCUAUAAAUGGUGGAAGGUGUGAGCAUGCGUUGUCAAUGUUGGACGGCAGGAUUGUUGGUGGUAUGAACGUUGGUUCAGGAAUUAAUAAUGGCCAAGAUUUUAAUGAUGGUGAUAGCAAGGAUGAAGAUGAAGACAUAAACCGAGUGGACAAAAAUGCAAAGGAAGGUUCCUUUAUAAGUUUAUCGCAACGAUUCUCGAUGACAAGUCCAUUAGGUGCUAAUGAUCCAGCUUUACCAGCAGAUUUAGAAAAGUUGUAUUUAGGUGCAGAAUACAUUAGCAACUGCGACACAAAUACAUCUGGUGGUCAAAAACGAGCAAAAUCUCCGACUAAAGCGGAUACAGGCUACGAUGAUAAACAUUUGCCUGAUAAUAUAAUACAUACAUUUGAAGAUGAAUAUUUGGCUGAUGAAGAUGACUUUUCUUGCCUUGGAAUUGACAAAAGAAGCUCAACAAAGCCCAUAAAACCUUUAGAAAAAUUUGGAGUGGUUGCUGUGCCACAUUUCAUUAGGAGGUUUUCUGUUAAAAGAUCGAGUAAAGAUAAAUCGAAUGAUAUGAAAAGACCAUAUACAACAAGCAGUCUGGAGUUGCAAUUGAGGUCAAAUCACUUCAUGUUCGCCAAAGAAUACCAGGAUUUACAUAGACAAUUAUAUUACGAAGUUGAACCAAAGACGCAGUCAGCACUGGACGCAAGACGUCGGAACUAUGCUGAACUAGAAUCCCAAAUGUGGAAAAUUAAACAUCGGUUCAAUAUUCAUAGAGGAGCACUGCCACGCCCACGAACAAAUCCAUAUGAGCAACUAUUGGACCACAUUGACGUUUUGAACCGUGGUAACACUGGAGAUAUUUUGAGAUUUACCACAAGUAGAUACGGUGGUGUUGAUACGUACGAUUCUAUCUUGAGAGAUCAAACUACGAUUAUGAGCCUUUUAGAUAAACGGUGUGCCUACUCACCUCCAGUAUUGGUCGAUAAUGAGGGCCAAGAACGUGAUCAUGAUCGCGAUUAUCAUCAAGAUUACGAUCACGACCACCGGGGUCAUUAA